AGCCACGAUAUUAUGGAUAAAAUGACCAUUUUGAAUCCACGCGUUUUAGACAGGAUGAGUCAGUGAUACGAUUAAAAGACGCACUGCGAUAGUGAUGUUGGCUACACGCUCGAACAUGGACCAUGGCAAACUUUGCGAACACCGUUGCGAGAUUUCUAUGUUUCUCCUUCGCGCUUAGGAGCGGCAACAUCGCCGGACAACUAACGUCCAAGCCCAAGAGCUUCCAGGACUUGCUAAUCGGAAACCCGUGGGACGGCAUCGGUAACUUCAUCAUCCAAUUUCCUUUACGGAGUAACGCCAGAGUGCAAAGGUCGUUUCCCAAGAGCGUCCCGUUCCCUUGUAAGGAGUCAGUGAGAGCUGGAAUGGGCAGGAGUGAUCGCAAACCCACCAGCGUUCACAAGCUCAGACCUGGCGACAUAGACGUUAUCGGUGCUCUUGGGGAUUCAUUGGUUGCUGGAAAUGGUGCCCUCGAAGAGUAUGCUUUGGGCACCAUGAUCGAAAACAGGGGCGUAUCAUGGUGCGCCGGCGGCGAAGGUACCUGGCGGGAGCACUUGACCCUUCCCAACAUUCUGAAGGAAUUCAACCCGAAUCUGACUGGCUAUUCGACCGGUACCGGCGAAUUCCUCUCGUCGAAAGCGAAAAUGAACGUCGCGUUUCCAGUGGCGGCAGAUGCGGACGCCCUCAGACAAGCGAAAAUCUUGGUUAACAAGAUGAAGAGCGAUCCGCGCGUCAACAUGGCCGAAGACUGGAAAAUGGUGACGGUGUUUUUCGGCGCCAACGACAUCUGCUCGGCUCAGUGCUACGAUAAGGACGAAGCUUCCGCGUGGAGUCACGCGAGGAAGCUCGCCAGAGCUUUGGACUACUUGUACGACAACUUGCCAAGGACGUUCGUCAACCUCAUUCCCGUAUUAGAUGUAUCGGUUAGCGUCAGGAUAAAAAGGACAAUGAUGUGCCACCUCUUCCAUCGUUUAUUUUGCGGGUGUUUUCACAAGGGCGAAGACGAUAUGGACGUUAUCACCACUUUGACUAAAGAAUACCAGAAGGCGGAAGAAGAACUGGUUAUGAGCGGUAGAUACGAUCGGAAAGAAGACUUUACUGUCGUAAUUCAACCUUUCAUCAAACUGUUCAACGCACCGGAUCAUCCAGCGAGACGUUACGAAGAAGUCAUCGACAUAUCCUACAUUACCCACGACUGCUUCCAUUUUUCCCAGAAAGGCCACGCCCUAGGGGCGAACCUGUUGUGGAAUAACUUGCUACAGCCGGUCGGACUGAAAAGCCAACGGAAGGUCGAACGUCUUUUGGAAAAGUUCGAGUGUCCGACGUCGAAAGCCCCGUAUUUCUUCACCCGCAAAAAUUCCAUGAGCUACUUGUCCACCGGUUUUCAAUAGACGGCCGAAAACAGUUGAAAUACGAUAAUCUCGUCGUAAUGCGUCACUCGAAAUUGUAUGUUUUAGGGUUACUUUUUUGUUUUCGGAAAUUUUUGAUUGGCAAGUUUCAAAUUGCAGAUACGCCGACAUUUUAUGAAGAAUUAAAAUAAGUAAAACAAAAUGUUCAACAAAAAUAAAAAAAAACUAAAAAUUUUCUUCAAAAUAUUCGGCAUUUUUACAAAAAAAAUGCGAAAAACUAUAAAAAAAAAAUAAAUAUCCCGUCACACAUUGCUUUACAAUUUAUUUUUUAAUUUGGUGUUAUGAAGAAAUUGAAAAUGAUUGAAAUCGAAUGAAAUGUUUUUGCAAGUUUUUCUUAAAAAAAUAAAUAGAUUAUAAAUGAAAUCAUUAUCUUAUUUGUAGCGCGAGAUUCCCUUAAUGGUUGCCUUUGGACCAGUACCUAUAUCAAAGUAUCCUUUAUUUUAAAGAAGGUAUAACCUCCAUUUUCACAUAGAAAUAACCAAAACCCUAAAUCCCACUUGAUCCACAUUGAACCGAUCUUGCUAAUCUAGCGGAAAUGAUUUGAAAAAAUGUGAAACAUGUAUUAUUUAUUUUAUAAUUUUUUAAUAAAUAAUAAUAAAGGUCUUUCUAGUAACGGGGAUAAUUUGGUUGUUAUUUAAAUGAAGCUGUAUCUGUAUACGUAAGAUUGACUGGCCAAGACUGACAAAGGAAGGGCGAAUAUUAUCUGGAUUUACCAUUUUUGGUUGCCUUAGUCUAAAUAGUCUUAAUUAUCCGCAAUACAUCAGUUUCAGUUACAGGGUGAAAGAAAACGUAGGUAUUAUGUGGAAUUAUAAGGUUGUUCGGAAAGUCAUUUCGUUUUUUCCCAUCAGAGGACUUAAUUACGUUUUUUCGAAACCAACUUCACACUUAAGCCGCAUAACCAUUAUAUGUCUUGAGAGCUGAUAUUGCAAGGCUUGUGUGUGAAAAAGUUCUAUUAAUUCUACGCAGUAGUUUUUGGUUGGUGCCCUUUUAAAUAUGGAG